AUGAAGACAAGCAAUCCAUUCAAACGUCAUGACAAUUCACAGGAUGACCAUGACGCUGGACAUCAAACAAGCCACGAUUCCAAAGGCAGCAACAAGGAUUGUGAUACUGCAAAGAACUCUUCUGCAGAAAAAGAGCCAGAGACUGCAUGGAAGUGGAUCAAACGCAAUCUGUCUGCAAAGGGCAUAGUGUCGCUGUUCCUGCUGUCACUGCUGGUUGGAGAAGCUCUGCUUACAAUGGCUAUUAUUGCUAGAGUCAAGUAUACAGAAAUAGAUUGGCAAACUUACAUGCAGCAAGUAUCUAGUUUCAUGGAUGGUGAGCUGGAUUAUAAGAAUCUUGGUGGAGAUACUGGACCAUUGGUAUAUCCUGCUGGCUUUCUUUAUGUCUAUUCAUUCCUAUACAUGAUCACUGCAGGCGGCCAAUACAUUUUCAUUGCACAAUUCAUUUUCGCUCUUGUCUAUCUUGUCACAUUCUUUCUGGUAGUCUUGAUUUAUCGCCGAUCUCGAAUUUUUCCAUUUUGGGCCAUUCCACUUCUCAUGUUGUCGCGAAGAAAUCACUCGAUUUACGUGCUGCGUCUUUUCAAUGAUCCAAUCGCUAUGAUGUUUAUGUUCAGCAGUAUUCUUGCACUGACAAAACGACAGUUUGAACGAGCCUCUAUUUGGUUUAGUCUUGCAUUAUCAAUCAAGAUGAAUAUUCUUCUUUUUGCUCCAGGAUUUGCAUGGGUGUUUUUGUUUAAUGCUGGAAUUAUGCGUUCGAUUAUGAAUGCCGGACUAGUGGCUAUUACUCAGGUGAUUAUUGCUGCGCCAUUCAUAUAUACAGCUCCGCAUUCUUACGUGACUAGAGCAUUUGACUUUGGACGACAGUUUUUGCAUCAAUGGACGGUGAACUGGCGAUUUGUUCCAGAAGAAAUCUUUGUUAGCAAAGAAUUUGCACUAGCUUUGCUUGUUAUGCAGAUUGCCACACUUGUUCUCUUUAGUGCGGUUGUUUGGAGACGUCAUAUUCCACGAUACUAUCACGCUCCACACAAGUACUUUAAAUUUCUUGAUUUCUUGUCCGAUAUGGUUAAUGAGCUUAAAGAUGAUGUGGGUAUAUCUCAUCAACAUCCCGAGGACGAAGUGGACUAUCCAAUAUCACCUGAUGACACCAUCUUGAUUCUUUUUUCAUGCAAUUUGAUUGGGAUUGUGUUUGCACGAUCACUUCACUACCAAUUCUACAAUUGGUAUUUUUUUACUUUGCCGUAUCUUCUUUGGCGGAGUGGUAUCGAUAUACGAGCUAAACUUGCAGUGUUUUUCCUGAUUGAAUGGGCGUGGAAUGUAUAUCCAUCUUCUCAUCUGAGUUCUGGAACACUCGCAUUAUGUCAUGUGAUUAUUGUUGCUUCACUUGUUGUUGGACACCCUGUAUAUGACUCGAAGCUAAAAGGAGUGAUUUCAAAGGAUCAAAAGACCAGUGACAAGAAAAAGAUUGAAUAA